AGCUUGUACUAACUAAGCUUGAUUAUGGCGAAAAAACCUACUCGGCGAGAUACUCCUGAAGCUGUUUGCUACUGCAGGAAAACAGCAGUGCCAUCGACAAGACACGGCAUUCCCAAAGCUGCUUUUCUAAAAUUUUUACACAAUAUGCAAAACAAUACAGGAUUGGAAGAAUUGCGGUGGAAUAAGUGCGCAUCAGUGGCUUUGCAAAAAGUCGGAGAGGACUAUGUCAAAGAAGUAUUGCGUAAACUGUCUCUUAUCGCUGCUGUAGACGGAAGAAUCACAGUCACUGUUCGAGAUGUUUACUCCUAUGAAUAUGCAAUUUACUGUGUGAUACCAUGUUUGAAGUAUCGAAUUUCACCUGAUGAAUAA